AAUCUUGAUGUAUGUAUAGAUUUUAUCAUAAAAGACAUUUUCUGACUUAAACACUAGAUGGAACCUCUGUACAAUGCAUAUUGAUCCAUCUCAUUCAAGACAUCCCCAGAACUCUGCCCCAGAAAUCAAUAAUUUUUAUUUCAAAGUCUCUACUUUAACGAGUGCGGUGUGCUGAGAAUGUUGUCUCAAUUGUUUUCUGAAAGUAUUGUUUUGAUUGGGUAAAUAUUUUAAAAAGUUCAAAUGAAAGUUCAAGAGCUACCUGCUGAAGCGGGCUCCAAUGCCAUGGAGCAAGAAAUUGCAGGGGCCCAAGACACUAUCUAUUUGUGUAAUUUUCGGGUAUCUGUUGAUGGAGAAUGGUUGUGUUUGAAGGAACUUCAGGAUGUAGAAUUUAAUAUGCAGGAGUCAAUCACUAAAGCUCUCUCUACUCCUUCACCUGAAAUUCCCGUACAUCCGUUUGGCCGAGAUCCAGUUGUCAUAGAAAGAAGUAACUUAGUGAACAUAAGUAAAUUAGUUGUUAAAGAACUAAUAGAACAGUCUCUUAGAUAUGGAAGAAUGUUGGAUUCAGAUCAUAUGCCCCUACAACAUUUCUUUAUUGUUUUAGAACAUGUACUGCGUCAUGGACUGAGACCCAAGAAGGGCUUACUGGGUCCUAAAAAGGAGUUAUGGGACAUUUUACAAAUGGUAGAGAAAUAUGCCCCAGAAGCACAAGAUAUUACAGCCAGUGUUAGAGAUUUACCAACAGUUAGAACACAUAUGGGUCGAGCAAGAGCUUGGUUGAGACUAGCAUUGAUGCAGAAAAAGUUAGCAGACUACUUAAAAGUUCUAGUAGAUCAUAAAGAUGAGGCGUUAGCAGAAUAUUUUGAACCUGAUGCUUUAAUGUUAAGUGAUGAAGCUAUUAUUAUUAUUGGACUUCUAGUUGGUUUAAAUGUAAUCGACUGUAAUCUGUGUGUUAAGGAAGAGGACUUGGAUUGUCCUCAAGGGGUCAUCGAUUUUUCAUUAUAUCUCAGAUCUUCUAGUCAUGUUUCAACAGAUUCCAGUAAUGAAGAACAAGGUGACGCAAUGAUCACAGUUUUGGAUCAAAAGAAUUAUAUAGAAGAACUCAAUAGGCAUUUAAAUGCAACCGUAGCAAAUCUACAAGUAAAAGUCGAAUCUCUUACCACAACAAAUGCACUAAUGAAAGAAGAUUUGGCUAUAGCUAAAAACAAUCUUUUAGCCUUGUAUGAGGAAAAUAGACAACUAAGACAAGAUUUAGGUAUAGAAUCUGAAGGAUAUACAAUGGGAGCAAGUGGAGUUCAAAUAACAAAAGUAGAGGAAAAGGAACAAAAAGAAUCAAAUAAACUGGUCGGUAGCGAAGUGGAAGAAUUGAAACAGAGAUUAGAAGAAGAAAGAAAACUCAGACAAGAGGCUGAUCAUGAACUAGAAAUGCAAAUGUGUAUGAAAGCAGAAAUGGAAGUAGCUAUGAAAUUACUGGAAAAAGAUAUCCAUGAAAAACAAGAUACAAUAAUUUCUUUACGUAGACAGUUGGACGACAUAAAAUUGAUUAACCUAGAAAUGUACAAGAAACUUCAGGAUAGCGAGGCUUCUCUAAGGCAUAAAAUCGAGUUUAUUACCAAGCUAGAAGCUAAAGCGCAAUCUAUGACAGAAACAAUACAAUCUCUUGAAAAUAAGUAUCGAGAAAGUGAAUCUCAUCGGGUAGCUGCUGAACAAUUAAAACGUGAAGUUGACUUACAAGCAGCUCAAGUUGAAGAACAAGCGACUAAUAUUGAAGGAGAUUUAAAAGUUGAGAGGGAAUGGAGGAUAUCCCUACAGUCGACGAUGCAAGAAGACAGAGAGAAGAUAUCAAAGUUACAAAUUGAAAAUGGACAGCUCAAGUUAAUUGCUCAGAAAUAUGCUCGUUUACAAGAAGACUACUAUACAUUAAAAGAUCAAUGCUUGGAACAAGAACAUACAUUAGAAGAAUUAGGAGGACAUUUAAAAGACUCAAAGUUGAAAAUAUCGGAUCUGAAGGAAGAAAUAAACAAAAGCAGACCUGAUGGUUCUUGGGCGAAAGAUAAUACAGCUGUUAAUUGCAAUGCUUGUUGCAAGGAAUUUAAUUUAACUCGUCGGAAGCACCACUGUAGAAAUUGUGGAGAAAUAUUUUGUAACUCUUGUUCAGAUAACACCAUGCCUCUUCCGUCAUCUGCAAAACCUGUUCGAGUUUGUGACAGUUGUUUCAUACUUUUAUUAGGUAGAGCUAGUGCUGUGAUUGAUUAAAAAUAGAUGUAUAUUUAUUCAAAAACAAAUUAUAUUUAUAUAUAUACAAUUUAUUUUAUUUAAAUAAAAUAUGAAAGUCUGAUAUUACAUAAAAAUGGUGUUAUUUAUUCUUAUAAUUAGGUACAAGUUCUCUAAAUAAAUCUAAUGAUUUAUCUAUAUAAAAAUAGUAUAAAAAUAUAAAAUGGACGGAUUAUUAAAUACAACAAUUUAAAAAGUAUAUUUAAGAGAUUCUUGAUCAACAAAUCAUAAAGUAAUAUUUAUUCAUUAAUAAAAAUUACUUAAUAAUUGAAAUAUUUGGAAAAAAUAGAAAAAAAUUAUUCAUUAAAACUUUCUCAGUUGUUGGAAUUUCAUAGAAAUCUAUAUUGGUGUUAUAUUUACAUUCAGUAUUUAGAUUUGUUGGAAGUAUAAAAAACAGUGAGGUACAGUUUGAUUUUCAUCGCCAUAUUCAAAUAUUAUUCUUAUAAUUAUGUACAAGUUCUCUAAAUAAAUCUAAUGAUUUAUUUAUAUAAAAAUAUAAAAUGGAUGGAUUAUUAAAUACAACAAUUUAAAAAGUAGAUUUUUUUAAGAGAUUCUUGAUCAUCAAAUUAUAAAGUAAUAUUUAUUCAUUAAUAAAAAUUACUUAAUAAUUGGAAUAUUUGGAAAAAAUAAAAAAAUUAUUC